ACUUUUCUCGCCGCACCCCGAUUUUACGAAACCGCCAAAACCCCCCGGGCGACUCUCCAGGUCUGCGUCCUCUCCACCGCAAUCUCUCAGGAUGCCCUCGCUGGCCAGCAAGUGUGCCACGGGCGCCAGCCCGGCCGGCCCCAGGCGCCGUCCUGCACAAUGCGCCGUCUCGCCCCAGGCCGGCUCACCUCGCGCGGCCCUAGCGCCCGCCAACUACAUAGCACCAUCAUCCAGCAACGACGCUUUGUCUGAGCCUUUUCCACACGUUUUUCGGAACAAACAAACAAACAAAAAACAAACAAAAAAAGACCGGACCCCAGUCUUCCAAAGCAGCGUCCAGCAAGAACACUGGAUCCCAGAAACACAUCCACUCGACCAUGAGAGCCACGCUGCGGGCCCCUGUCUUCGCCGCGGCCGUAGUGCUCUUUUUUUGCCGGCUAUGUCUAGCCCAGGACUUUCAGCCCGACGUGCACAUGACGGCCUGGAACAAGCAGGCCGCGUCGCUGAUCUCGUACUUCGACCAGUCGUCGCACGUGUUGGCGUUUUUCGACACGUUCGUGGCGCUUUCGACCGACGACGGCGCGUCCUGGACCGAGUUGCCGCUUUUCAAAGACAGCCCGCCCGUGCUCAUCGAAAUGGACCCGUUUUUCCCCGAACGAGCGUUUGCCUUCUCGCCGGGCUCGCGCCACUACGUGACCAACGACCGCGGCCAAAGCUGGCUGCUGUUCGAAAUGCACUCGGCGAGCCAGAACCAGCCCAUGUCCUCGUGGAACUCCGUGCAGGUGCUGUUGAACCGGGCCAACAAGGACUACGUGCUCCUCACGUUCGGCCACUGCACCGGCCUCUUUUCCUCCUGCGAGUCCGAGGUGUUCUACUCGAAAGACGGGCUCAAAAGCAACCCCCUCCCUGUGCUUGCCGGCGUGGAGAGGUGUGUAUUCGCCCGCUCGAACCUGGACUUCGACCCGCUGGUGAGGCUGGAAACCAUGUUCUGCUCCCGGAACGACGUCAACUCGUUUGGCCACGUGGUCAAGUCGAACCUCCUCAAGUCCACCGAUUUCUUCCAGACCCACGAGGUCGUGGACCACAUCUACAUCAAACACGGCCAGAUCAUCGACGUGCGCGUCGAGUCGGCGUUCCUCGUGGUCGUGUUGAAGAAGGACAAGUUCAACGAGGCCCAGGUCACGUUGGUGGUGUCCAAAGACGCGGCCACCUUCCGCAGUGCCGACCUCGACUUUGAAAUCACCUACGGCGCCAUCAUCUUCCUCAAGUCCACGCCCGUGUCCUUGCGCUUGUCGUUGUUCUACCAGGGCAGACACACCAAGGAGGAAGUGAUGUACUUCUCCGACUCCAGCGGCCUCAAGUUCCGCAAAAUCGCGAAUGUCGGGCUCUUCUCUGCGUCCAGCUCCAACAACGUGGACGGCCUGUGGUUUGCGGACGUCAGGCUUUCCGAAAACAGCGCGGACAUGCUCACAAGAUACUCUUUCGAUGACUGCAAAACGUGGGAGCCCCUCCGCAUCAUCGACGACGAAAGCUGCAAAGUCCAGGACGGCUGCUCUCUUCAUUUCGUGCCCGAGAUCGGCGCGAGCAUGCAUCCCACAUCGAUGCAAACACCUGACAUUCUCGUGGCGCCGGGGGCCAAGGGCUCCUCUUUCAACUUGGACCUGGGCGUCGACACGUACGUCUCACGUGACGGCGGCGCUUCCUGGAAACUUGCGGUCGAGGGCCUCGCAAUGCCGGCGUACGCUGAUCGGGGCAAUGUGCUUGUUUUGAUGUCCCUCACUGUGUUUGGCGAUGCCCUGAACAAGCUCCAUUUCUCUUUGGACCAGGGCAAACUGUGGUCCACCUACGAGCUCGAAGUGGCUGUGUCACCUGUCAACAUUGUCACAUUGCUGGACUCGUCAACCACGAAACUUGUGGUUCUAGGCCGCAGCGGCGAAAAUACCAUUGCAUACUCGGUUGAUUUCAAGAACGCGUUUGGGGGCAAGACCUGUACAAAGGACGAUUUCGAGAAUGUAAAUGCCCGUGUUUCGGCAGAGCUCGACGGGCCUACUUGUGUCCACGGCCACAAGUCCGCUUUUUCCAGGAGAAAGCAGGAUGCGCAGUGUCUUGUGAAGGCAGGGCCUGGUGCCAUCGAAACGAAGAAUCUGCCUUGCGAAUGUACUGCCGCAGACUUCGAGUGCUCACCUUACUUCAAGCUUUCCGACAAAGGAGCUUGUGUGCCCGUUAAAGAUGAAAUAUCCAAGCUAUGCCAGUCUUCUAAGAAAAAGAGUGUGAAAAUCCCCCAUCAGCAGCAAAUCUCUGGGAACGAUUGCUCUUUCUCGAAAAGCUCGAAGUCCGAUUUCAUCGCGGAGACCGAGUUUGACUGCAAGACCAUCGAAGAGGAAAAGGGCGACUAUGCCGAAGAUGCUAUCUCAGUCAAGCUUUCCACGUUUGAAGGUGUCCUCGAUCAAUACUCGUAUGUGGAGAGCAAUAACAGGUUAAGCAACAUCUUGGUACACACCAACAAAAACGUUGUGCAUGCAUCAAACAAUGGCGGAUCAUCCUUCGUUGAUGUCCCUGUGGAUGAAGAUAUUCUAUUUUUUCUUGUUGGACCCGUCACGGAGACUGCAGUGCUUGUAUCUUUGAGAAGUUUGUAUUUUUCCACUGAUGGAGGUAAUACGUUCACGAAAUUGCAAUCACCAGGUAUUCCUACCACUCUUGGGCAGCCAGUUUUAUUUCACCCGGUUGACGCCAACAAAUUUAUUUUCAUUGCCGCGGACCAACUGGGCUUGGACAGCAUAACCUACUAUACAGAGGAUGGUGGAGCGUCAUUCAAGAAAAUGCCCAUCAGUGCUAGCGUAUGUGAAUACGUUGCGGAUCUGGUCGGUUCGGAUCAGAACCUCAUGUAUUGUUUGACUGGAAACAGCGGCCAAAAAGAGCUAGUGUCUUCCACUGAUUACUUCCAAACAUCCACUGUUCUUUUCAAAAACGUUCUAGCAUUUGCAAGUAAACCCGACUUUGUUCUUGUUGCAACCGUAACGGAAGAAAAGGCCUUGCAGUUGAAAAUUACCUCUGACGGCACUACUUUUGCAGAUGCAGACUUUCCCACAGAUUUUACUGUGGAUGCCCAAACCACAUACACCAUUUUGGAAUCCCAUCGUCAUUCCGUAUUUCUUCAUAUCACGACCGAGGAUGGGGAAGGGAGAGAGUUUGGCUCUCUUGUCAAAUCGAACUCAAACGGAACGUCGUAUGUCUUGUCCUUGGAAAAUGUGAACAGAGAUCACCGUGGGUUUGUUGACUAUGACAAGAUUGAUAUUUUGGAAGGUGUUUUAGUUGCCAAUACCGUUAGAAAUCCUAACGGCAAGGGCCCAAAAGAGCUUAAAACUCAAAUGUCUUUCAACGACGGAAGUCAAUGGUCUUAUUUGACUCCGCCAUCGCUUGACUCCGAGGGUAAGAAAUACUCCUGUAUUGGGAGCCCACUUGACAGAUGUUCCCUCAAUUUGCACGGAUUCACCGAGAGGCCCGACUACAGAGACACUUUCUCGUCGGCUUCUGCGAUUGGAUACUUGAUCGGUGUUGGGAACGUAGGUGAAUCGCUCAAGUCUUAUGAAGAUGCUUCCACUUUCAUAUCUGCCGAUGGAGGUGUUACAUGGAAAGAAAUAAGUAAAGGCGUAUUUUUGUGGGAAUACGGAGACCGAGGAACGAUCCUACUCUUGGUAAAUGCGGUCGCAGCGACCGAUGUAUUUUUGUUUUCCACCGACGAUGGAAAUACCUGGCAAACUCACAAAUUCGCAGACAAGCCAGUAAAGGUCAGAGAUUUGGCUACUGUACCCACAGACACUGCAAGAAAGUUUGUUAUUUUUGCCGAGGAUGAUAAAGAUGCGUCGAAAACUCUUGUGUACUCGCUUGACUUCACCAACUUUUAUAAGAGACAGUGUCAGAUUGAUUUGGAUCAUCCACUCAAUGAUGACUUCGAAUAUUGGACGCCCAGACAUCCCGAGUCUGCGGAUAACUGUUUGUUUGGUCAUGAAUCUCAUUAUUUACGGAGAGCUCAAGGCCACUACGACUGUUUUAUUGGAGCAGCUCCCCUCAGUGAGGGAAUGAAGACCGUCAAAAAUUGCACCUGUAGUAGAAGAGACUACGAGUGUGACUACAAUUACUUCAGGGACACAGACGGCACAUGCAAACUCGUGAAGGGAUUAAGCCCCCAGGACCGAAAGGAGCAGAUGUGCAGCAAGCCCGGCACUUUCGAAUAUUUUGAGCCCACAGGAUACAGGAAGAUUCCGUUGUCCACUUGUGUUGGCGGAAAAACAUUCGAUUCAUGGGAUGUGCGUCCAUGCCCUGGUCAUGAAAAAGAAUUCAAUGAGGAGCAUGGUCGGAACUUUACUUUUGGUAAGCUUUUGCUUCUCGUUCUUCUUCCAAGCGCGGUGUUUUUCGGGGCCACAUGGUUUGUGUACGAGAGAGGCAUCAAGCGAAACGGAGGCUUUGCGAGACUUGGGCAAAUCAGGUUAGACGAGGACGACAACUUCCAACCCAUUGAGGAGAAUAAUAUCGAUGUUGCUGUCAACCGUAUAGUAAGAGGCGGGAUCGUUGUGAUUGCUGGCAUCGUGGCCGCCGUGAAGACAGUUCGUAAAAUCGACCGGAAGUUGCUUGAAAAUGCUGCCAGAAUUGCCUUUGGUCGCAGACCUGGACGUAGAGACUACGUCCGUGUGCCAGAUGAUGAAGACGAGCUUUUUGGAAACUUUGAAGAUAACUACGAGGACGAAUUGGGAGAGGCUGCAGAUGUGAACUUCGAGGUUGACGAUGAACCCGAUCAAUUUGAUGAUUUUGCAAGUAGCGAGCCAGCAGAAGCUGAUGCACGUCUCUUUGAUAUUGAUGACGAAGAAUCCCAACCUCUUUCUGAAUCUGAAGAGCCCCAGGUUUAAUUCACAUACGUUUACAAUAAAGUAAC